UUCUGAUAUCAAACGCCCUUUGCUGUUUCUUCUUUCGCCAGCUUGCAAUUUCCAUUUAUUCAUGAUUCAUCGAACCUUUCCUUCCCAUCUCAAAUACCAAAAACAGCCAAACACCAAUUUCUACCAUCGCAAUUCACAAACCACAAUCUCAACCAAAACAUCACCGACCCGACCAACACUAACACCAACAACACCAUGACCACAUCACCAGAAACAUCGCCACUCCUCGGCCCAAGACCCACAAGAACCGACCUCCCCCCCUCAGAAUACGAACCACACAAAUCCCGCCCCAGCUCAAUCCGCAGCAUGCGCUCCUGCCUCACCAGCUCCUCCGUCACUGCGGCCGGGCCCUGCCCGCGCCAACAACCGCCCUCCGGCUGCGACAGUGCAUCCUCCUCCUCCUCCAAAAAAUCCAACACCUUCGACGGUCUCUUCCGGGACAUAAUCCUCGGUUUCUCCGACGGCCUCACGGUCCCCUUCGCACUAACCGCCGGUCUUUCCACCCUCGGCAGCACCAAACUCGUCAUCAUGGGCGGCUUAGCCGAGUUGUUCUCCGGGAUGAUCAGCAUGGGUCUGGGCGCUUACUUGGCCGGGGUAACGGAAAGACAGCACUGGGAGGCUGAGCACGCUAGGAAGGCGUGGGAGGUUUCGAACCUGCCGCAGUUGGAGCAGUCGGAAAUCCUAUCCAUCCUCGAAGACGAUUACGGUGUGUCACGCGUCACAGCCGCAGCGCUGGUGCAGGACCUCUGCCGAAAGGGAAACGAAGAGAAUCUUGUCCGGUUUUUGAUGGAUCUCCAGCUGCGCAUGAUGGAACCGGAUCUCAACCGGGCGUGGGUCAGUGCGGGCGUGAUGGGCCUCAGUUAUUUCGUUGGGGGACUGAUUCCCAUGGUGCCGUAUUUCUUUAUGGAGAGAGCGAGGGAGGCAUUGUGGGUGUCGGUGGUUAUUACGGCGUUGAUCUUGCUUGGGUUUGGGUUUGUCAAGAAUUGGGUGACGAUUAGGACGAGGGAGGCGGGGGUGUGGGGGGCGGUGCAGACGUUGGUUAUUGGGGCGUUGGCGGCGGGGACGAGUUAUGCGAUUGUGAGGUUGUUGGAUUCGGAGCAUUAAGGGAACACGGAUGGGGGGAUGGACUUGGGGAUGGGAUAUCCAUGGAUGCGAGGACGUUGUUCAUGAUUGU